CAGAAUGUAUAUAAUCAUUAUAAUGUAUAAGAAUGUUGGAGGUCUAAGUUGUUUUGUUAUAUAACCUUCUCCACCACCAUUAGUGGUUCCCACCAACUUUAUUCCAACCGUUUUUCGUUACCAUUUCAUUUCCAGGACCACAUUCACCUUAGUGCUACUCUUCUCUUCUCUUAAAAAUCUAAUCUUUAAUUGUCCAUACAUAUUACACACACACAACUCUUAACUCAAGUUACAACCUUCUAUUGCUAAGGGAUUUAGAACACUAUCCUUUAAAUUUGUCAUUAGUUUGAGGAGUUCCAAGUUGUUGUUUUUUCUGUUUUGAUUUGGACGUUGACAAUGUCUGCUGCUGUAGGAGCUGUGUCCACUACCAAAGAUGUUACCUUUAAUGUUCAUUUGGAAGAAGAGCACAAAAACAAAGGAACCAACAAGGUUGGUGGGGAAUUAGACAAGAUUCCUUGUAGUGAUGAUGGUGUUAACUAUGAUUAUGUUGAGGAAAUUGAGCAAGAGGAAGAUGAAGACACCAAGUUGGAAUUGGAUCUUGGCCCUCAGUUUUCUCUCAAGGAACAGCUUGAGAAAGAUAAAGAUGAUGAAAGUUUGAGGAAAUGGAAAGAGCAACUUCUAGGAAAUGUUGAUGUGUCUGCUGUUGGAGAGAAAAUAGAGCCAGAAGUGAAGAUAGUGAGCCUCACCAUUAUAUGCCCAGGAAGGUCUGAAAUCAUAUUGCCAAUUCCAUUCACAACUGAUUCCAAAAAGACUAUAUUCACUCUCAAGGAAGGAAGCCAAUACAGGCUUAAAUUCUCCUUCACUGUCUCCAACAACAUUGUAUCUGGCCUCAAAUACACUAAUGUAGUUUGGAAAACUGGGGUUAGAGUGGACAAGACAAAGAAAAUGUUAGGAACUUAUAGCCCACAGCAGGAACCAUAUACAUAUGAAUUGGAAGAAGAAAUGACCCCUUCAGGCUUGUUUGCUAGGGGAACCUAUUCAGCAAGAACCAAGUUUGUAGAUGAUGAUCGCAAAUGCUACUUGGAUGCUAGUUAUCGUUUUGAGAUUCAGAAGAAUUGGCCUGCACCCCUAUGAGACAGAUUGAAAUUCAACUUUAUGUUAAUUAAUUAAUUAAAUUGAGUUAGUGCAGUUGUGCACAUGCAUGUUAAAUGAUAAUGCAAAUCUUUAUUCCCCUUCUAUUAUAUGGUUCCCUUUUUUGUAUUCUAAUAACUAAUUAUCCAUAUGAAGGAAAUGCUCGCGUGACAAUCGCAAUCAUUCCACCUAA